ACAUACUCCUCGUACUCGUCUCUCGGGAAAUCGUAGAAAUGUCACUCAGGCCUCUCUUCCGACACGCCACCACCCUCAACGCCGCCAGGGGUAUCGCCACCUCGGCACCCAGGAGAGCAGCCCACAGCGACCACCACGGCGCCGAGGACCAGAGUGACGCUUAUACCAACGAGUCCUUCUUCACACCUUCCUGGCGCAACGCAUUCAUCAUCCUCACCGCCUCGAUCCUCAUCUACCCUUACCUCCCUUCCCCUUCCGACAAGCCCGCAUCCCCUUCUCUCGAUCCUGAAGCGUUCGCGGCCGCCCGCAAGGAUGAGACGCUUCCAGCUUUGACGAGAUGGUUUGCCAAGCAGACGGAAAAGGCCGAAGUGUGGUCACAGAGGAAUGAGAAGCAUUUGGAGUUGACAAAGGAGGCCGCGGAGACCAAGUUGUUGUUCCAGGAGGGAGAGAGGCCAAAGGUGUUGAGGAUGAGGUAUCCCAACUCAUUCGAACAAGCAUCCCCCCACUCUAUCGCCGUCGGUUCCCAAGCCGAUUUGUCUGAUUUGAAGGUCCGACCUGCUCAAUAAGACGACACUCAUUCUUCUCCUUAUCCCGCCCUUUAUCGUAAUCUCCCCCACAAUCUUUCAACCCAUUCAUCCCUAUCUUCAAGCGGAUUAACCGCGAGAUAACCCUCAAAAUCUUUUCAAUACGGUGCCAAGAAAAGAAAUGUAGAAAGUGUAGAAUUUUGCGUUUUGGACAUCAGGGGAAUGGUGCCGAGGGUAUGCAUACAGAUCAGACAACGGAGAGCAAAGAUCACGACCAAUUGCGUAUGGAUCAUCUGGAGAGUACUGGAUAAACUGAUGAGAUGCGCAAUCGGAUCGGCAAGAUGUUGGGAAAUGUGGCAAUUACGUCUUGGACUGAAGACGAACGUGAGAGUGAGAAUUGAGCGAGACUCGGAAAUGAUUGGGAAUAAAACCUGGAGUAAGCGAGAUGUCCUUGAGACAGUCGGUUUUUCACCAUUGAAAUUCGAGUCAAGACGUGAAAAGAUGCUAGAAAACCUAACACUGGCAGAUUUUUUAUAGCAAAUUGCAAAGCAUAUGAAAUAGCAUCUAUGGCCUAAUUCAUUGGAAAGGAAUAUGAACCACAAAAGGAUGCUCAGUUGGACUCACCUUGACGGAAAGCUUAUUAAACACAAGGGAUGAAUGGAGAACUCGCUAGGCGGUGAUGAUUUUGUUCGUCAACUCUGAUAGCUAUUCUGUUUCAAGAGAUUGGAGGAAAACAGACGAGAAGAGUUCCGUUAUGUUUUUCGCCAGGUUUUCGCUCAGGGAAGUAAAACAACAGGGUUAAGAUACCUCCAGGCCAAGUCAAUCGCGAAUGGAUUCUACCACGUUUCAGAUUCGUCUAUAGAUCCUUAUAUAAUUUCUAAUCCUUAUCUCUAACCAAAAGCAGCAAAGUAAAAUGCGAGACCUGAUUUGAAAAAUACAACUAUCAAAACGAAACACUUGCUACAACUGUUACAGCCCUUCUAUGCCCUCGAAACCGCUACGUUUCCAACUCAUCAUGCCCACUUCCUGGCAAGAACGCCCAUAUAGUCCCGGCUAUCAUCAGCGCCGUACUGGCGAUUACCAAUACCCAGUGUAUCGCAUUCGUAAAUUUCUCGCUGGCCCAUUUUGACGUUGGUUGCGAGCGGGCAGUCGGUGGGAAUGUGAGCGAAUGGGGCGACGGGGGACAAGUUGGAAGGAGAGUGGGGGACAGGCGGAUGUAGAAUAGGAGCUUUUUAAAAACAAAAGUUAGUUUUGAGUUCCGGAGGGAGGAUGGUGAAAACGCAGAUGAGGACGUACAGGCAAGAUGAUACAAAUC